CAAAAUUAAUUUAUUUUACGAUGCUACCAAAGGUGGAGUCGAUCUUUUUGACCAGCUAUGUCACAGUAAAUGCGUAUCAAGAAGAACGAAAAGAUGGCCUCUUAGAGUAUUAUACGGUUAUGCUUGAUGGGGGUGCAGUGAAUUCUUAUGUGAUCUACCAAGCCAAUAGUUCUAACACUAUGAAAACACCGCGACGAAUGUACCUAAUGCAGCUGGGUGAAGAGCUUGCCAAAGAACACAUGAAGAGGAGGCUUGAAGUAACAAAUUUAUCACAGGUGUUGGAUAUAGCAGAAAGGGAUAUUGCAGACCAGGUACCUCCUAUACUGUAA